AUGAACGCAACCUCUACCGGCAGCCAGAUAGCCCGUAUAACGUACGGGAGAAAAAACAAUAUGGGUUUCACUUUGAAUUGGGGUGUGGCAGGUGUUGGAAUGAUUACUCAUGAUUUUUUAACGGCCAUGGCUAAUCAUCCUGCCAACCAACACAAGGUUAUUGCACUUGCUGGGAAAGAUGUUAACCGUGUGCACAGAUUAGCUAUGUUGCAUAACAUUUGCACAACAUAUGAAAGCUAUGAGUCCCUAGCGCAAGACAAUUCCAUUGACAUAGUUUUCGUCAGUGUUAUGAACUUACAACAUUAUGAUGUAGCUAAAUUAAUGUUAGAGAAUGGUAAACACGUGCUCUGCGAAAAGCCUAUGGGAAUGACGUACAAACAAACAAAAUCCUUGGUGGAUUUAGCACGCGAAAGGAAAGUAUUCCUUCUCGAGGGAAUGUGGUCAAGGUUCUUCCCCGCUUACGAAGCUUUAGAUAAACACAUAUCCUCUGGUGGGCUUGGGGACGUAUAUCAUGUAAACGUGCAGUUCGGGGUUGAGAUUAACGACCUUGAAAGGAACCUAAUGAGGGACUUGGGGGGCGGUGCGGUUAUGGACUUAGGGGUUUACAUGUUGCAACUAGUUCAGUUCGUGUACAAGGAGCCGCCGAUCGAUAUCAUGUGCACAGGGCACCUGAGUAAGGCUGGCGUCGAUGAGUCGCUCUCCUGCGCCCUUAAGUACAAGGACGGAAGGAUCGCCACCAUAUCGGCCCACACUCGCACCAACAUGACUAACAGGGCUGAGAUCACGGGAACCAAGGGUACUAUUACGCUGGACUAUUUCUGGUGUCCGACGACCCUGCAGAUUUCCGCUGCGAACAACACGGAAUGGACGCUGCCCAAAGGGAAAUUCAACUACCACUUUCACAAUAGCGCCGGUCUAAGCUACGAAAUACAGGAAUGCUGGGACUGCUUGGCCAACGGGUCGCUGGAAAGUCAAAAGAUGACAUUAGACGAGAGUAUUUUGCUUUCGAAAAUAGCAGACACUAUGAGAGCGCAAUUGGGAGUAUUGGACGUAGAGCUU